AUGGAAUAUAUAACAAGUAGCUUUAUUGAAGAAACUACCGUGCUAAAGAGGGACAUUAUUGCAGUCAUUCAAAAGUUCAAUAUCCAAGUUAGCAAUUUGACUCAAGAUGUCCUUGGAAAGUCUAGUUCAACUGUUUAUGCCAUUGCAUUGUUAGCCUCUGGACAGAGCUCUGCAAUAACUGGUGCAUACGCUGGGCAAUACAUCAUGCAGGGUUUUCUAAACAUGAAGAUGAAAAAAUGGCUGAGGAAUCUCAUGACUCGAUCAAUCGCAAUCACUCCAAGUCUCAUCGUGUCCAUCAUCAGUGGUUCCUCAGGAGCCGAACGACUCAUCAUAAUCUCAUCGAUGGUACUAUCAUUUGAGUUGCCAUUUGCACUCUUAUCUCUUCUCAAAUUCAGCAGCAGUCAAACAAAAAUGGGACCUCAUAAAAGUUCAAUAUAUAUCAUUGUGGUGUCAUGGAUUCUUGGUUUGCUUCGGGUAGCAAUCAACAUCUACUUCUUAAGCACCAGCUUUGUCAGUUGGCUCAUUGAUAGCAGCCUACCAGCAAUUGCUAACGAAGGAGACUGAAGUAACAUUCGUCGACCCAUUGAAUUCUUCACAUGUUAACAUAGAGAGUGGUGGUUCAUUUCAAGUUGAUGGAAUGAGUAGAUCUGAAGUUGCACCCGUCAGAGAGGAUCGUGCAGAUAUUCCCCUCCCUGAUUAGAUAAUUAAGGUUCUAAUUACUUGGAUGUUGGUACUGAGUCCUUCACAAGUUAGUUCUUCUUCGGCACCAACUUCAUAUUGUUCAUUAAUUGUAAAUAGAGU